AUGAUUGAUGAACUCUUGGUCCACAUCUCUGCACCGACGACGCGACAAAGCGAUCAACUUUACCAGUCUUUGGCUGAGGCAUAUCUUGGAUUCGACCCACAUGGAAUCCGUCCUGGAAUUUCGCAACAAAACAAUGGAUCGAGUCCAUGUGCCCCAACCGGCUUGAAUGAUGCCGCAGCACCGGAUCGGAGCUCCUUUCGAGGUACCGCAGACACUUCGAUUAUAUCCGCCAGCAAAGACUCGUAUGGUAGCUUUCCAUCAUAUCCGUCUUUUGAUGGCGUAAAGGCUCCUACAGAUGGUGCUGGAAGGUUUGGCCAUGAUGGGGCGAAAGAAGACCUGUCACCAGUGUCUAGUCCACUUGCCCAACCAGAGCAUACAGAUCGCAACGAAAAAGGACAGCGAACUCUCAAAUUAAGCUCGAACCCUAGAAAUAUAUCAGAGGACCCGAUGCCCAGUAGUCCAGAUGACGUUGACAUGGGCUUUGUCGAGGAUUCACAAGUAGCUCCUGGGACACUCCCGAGUGAAUUGCAGGACAUCUAUUUAUUGGCCUCUGACGGAACUUCUGAGAUCGACCAAGAUGAAAAGCAUAUCCAAGACGACACUACAAACGGUGCCGUCCCGCAACGUCGACGAAGCUUGCGCUUGAAAGCGAUCAGUAGUACGGCAGGUGUACCAGAGCCUGCUUCAAAACCACCAGGGACGUCAUGUAGUUCUCCUACAAAACGCCAGGAAUCCGUGUAUUCUGAUGACGCUCCAAAACCAACACCAGCAUCACAGCAUGCAGAAAAUGUUCAAGAGACUCCUAUCGACACUCGCCAAUUCCUGCAACCUGUAGAUUUCUCCAAUCUUCAAAUCGACGCAUAUCCACCUGAACCAAAGGUUUCCACAGCGCGACCAGGUACUCUGCCAUCUCAAAUCACUGCACCCCUGGCAGCAAUCAAGGAGCAAAACCCGACACGGUUCAAGCCUAUCAGAAUACUGAACAAGCCAAAGGCUGAUGAUCGGGGAUAUUGGCUAGUCGGGUGCUCACACUGGCCAGCACAGCUUCAGCAGGUAUUCUGGACCAAAGUCUCCGAACAGGUGUCGAGCGGGAGGCUGGGCUGGGGGGUGACGCUGUACCGAGAGAGUUUCACUUCUCGGUCGCUAGGCAAGGUGAAACUAUACUGCUGGGGAGAGGUCAUAGAGCACAUGUGGCUGGUUUUGUGGCUUUGUUCCAAAGGACAAGUAUCUGGCUCUGGGCUCAAAUGGAUUGAUGCCGAUGGGAAUGAGGCCCUUGUAAUGUCGUAA